CUGGUUUGUCCUACUGAGGACACCGAAAUCACAAACGCCGGUGGAGUCUACUCUCUGGUCAUUCAUGGAGUUACAGCUGAUAUGACUGGAAAGAUCAAGUGUGUGGCAUACAAUAAGAUGGGCGAAGCUACCACUGAAGGCGAACUCAAAGUAGUUGCACCUAUCCCAGUCGAGUUUGAAACCGCUCUCUGUGAUGCCACCUGUCGUGAGGGAGACACUUUGAAGCUCAAGGCUGUCUUACUUGGGGAACCAACACCAGUUGUGUCAUGGUAUGUCAAUGGCAAAAAGCUCGAAGAGACGCAGAAUAUCAAAAUUCAUGCCGAGAAGGGAACCUACACCGUUACCAUCAAAGACAUCACCUGUGACUAUAGUGGCAAGGUCGUCUGUGAAGCCGUCAACGAAUACGGUAAGGCAUCCAGCGAAGCGAUGCUGUUAGUACUACCCCGCGGAGAACCACCAGACUUUAUCGAAUGGCUCAGUAAUGUGCGUGCUCGUCAGGGUUCCAAAGUUGUUCACAAGGUGGUAUUCACUGGAGAUCCUAAGCCUGUGCUGACUUGGUACAUCAAUAACCAAGAAGUCAAAAACUCGGAAAAAAUAACUAUAGUGACCGACGACAAGACUUCUACCCUUACGAUCAAUAAUUUCAACCCGGAAACCGACGUUGGAGAGAUCAUUUGCAAGGCUGAAAAUGAUGCUGGUGAAGUCUCUUGCACGGCUAAUAUGGCCACAUAUACCAGCGAAAUGUUUAGCGAAAGCGAAUCAGAAGCCCAAGCUGAAGAGGUCAUUGCUGACGAGCUAACUCUCACUGACGACGAAUCUCUCCGUGAAGAGUAUCAGCGCACACCUACACCUGUUAUGGCACCGAAAUUCAUCACCAAGAUCAAGGAUUCUAGAGCUAAACGUGGACAUGAAGCUGUAUUCGAAUGCGUGGUUCCGGACACGAAAGGAGUAGUCUGCAAAUGGCUAAAAGACGGUAAAGAGAUCGAGCUGAUUGCUCGAAUUCGUGUACAGUCAAGAACGAUCGAAGGACACAUCACACAAGAACUGAUCAUAGGUGAGAUUACUGAUGACCAGGGUCGAGCAAAUGGUCAGGCGCAACUCCUUUGGAAACGACCCCCCCCC